GAAUGGUGAAGGGUCUGUGCUGAGUAUUUCAACACACGCCUUCCUCCGAUUGGUCAAGAAAGCCUCUGGUCAGGAGCUCAAGGUGUUUGCGGACGUGUGGAUAUACAGAGCGGGUUGUGUGCGAUUCCACGUCAAUUUCAAAUUCAACCGCAAAAGGUCGUCCAUCGAAUUUGCGCUGCGCCAGACGGCUAUAGGACUACCGCCUGGUACCAAGUUCUCGGGCCCAGUGCGAAUACGGGUGCAGGAGAUGGACGGCUACACCACACACGACAUGCACAUAGAGGACACAAUCCACAAGCAGGAUUUCACCUGCCGUUCCAAGUUCCGUAGGGCCCGAAAACGUAAAGUGCGAUUACCCACCGGAGAGGAGACAGACAUCGAGUUUCUGGAUCAGGCCGAUACGCCCAUCCUGUUCGUGCGCUUUGAUCCCGAGUUCUUCUGGUUGCGACAGGUUGUGUUUGAGCACGAGGAUCUGCCGGCAGACUACAUGUGGAUCUACCAGAUGCAGUAUGACCGCGACCCGUACGCGCAGAAACUGGCCAUUGAAGCACUCGCGAGAUUCCCCUCGGCCUAUGUACACGACGCUAUACUAGAUGUGGUCACCAACCCCGAGUUCUUCUACCAAACGCGCAUUAGUGCCGCCAAAGGCCUGGCCACCCACCCACGCAUCACCGUAGAAGAAAACGGCGUGAGUCAUCUCAACCACAAUCUCAAAGUGGGGUCGCAAUUGUGGGGAUGGGAGUCGCUCAUCUGGGCGUGCAAGCACAUGUACUUCAACACGUAUCAGAAUGGCAACCAGUUUGUGCGCCAGAACGACUUCUCAGGGCUACGGGAGUACCUGGUGCAGAAGAGCAUUCCCCUGGCUCUGAGCGCCGCCCGGGAUCUGAAUGGGAACGUGCCAUUAGACGUGUUAGAAUUCAUCUUGCACAUGAUCGACUUUAACGACAAUAAAUACAACCUGUUCUCGGACAACUACUACGUGAUGAGCAAUCUGGACGCCCUCGCCGGUGCCUUGUCUCCGAGUGCCGAACAGUCCAACGACAUCGUGGACGACAAACUGCUGGGCAGGAUAGUAUCUACGAUCACGCGGCUACAGAACAUGGACAUGCUGAUCCCAUCGUAUCGGUGGUGUGUGACGCAGGGAUGCUUGAGGGUACUGACCCAACUGUGUCUGAGCGAUCGCUUCCACAUCGACAACCUGCUCCAAUUACUCACCAAUCUCGCACAGUAUGGGCAGUUCCGGGCGUUGCGAGUUGUGGCUGUGGAGUGUAUGGCUGCGCUGAGUGAACAGCUCAAAAUGCAGUGCGUAGUGUUUAUCGUCAAUUGCGCCGAGCACGACCCAGACUACGGCAUGAGACAGAUAGCUAUACGGACCUUACGUAGUUCAGAGAGCUUUAUCCGCUGGGCAAAGGGGAUGAGUUCUUGGGCACUGGUUGAAAAGCUGUGGUACAUGAUGAACGUACACUGCCGCUACGACAUAUACCUGCGAAUGGAGGUGAUGAGUCUGUACAAGCACAUCUGGGGCUUCAACACGCCGAACAGUACCAGGAACAGGCGCAGAUACGACCGCAAGAACCUCGGGGGAAAUCAGCUGACUGCAGGUACGUCAUCAACGGGGUCAAACAUUAUACGCGUGCGCUCGCUCAGCCGCAUGAAGAACAGGGACGAGGCGACGCCCAACGAUACCACAGGCACGUCUGGUGACGGCCUACACCGCAAGGACACCCCCACUAUCAUCAGCCUAGUACACGGGAAGCGCAAGCUGGAUGUGGAUGGCGAGUUCCACAGUACACCCGGCAAUACGGGGGAUGGCACACACACACACACGCACAGGCACGGGCACGGGGAAGGCGAGGGACCAGGGACUAGUGCAACACACGAGCAUGCACAGGAGAACACCCUCCCACAGUACAGUAGCCAUGGGGCGCAGGCUAGCGGCAGCAACAGCGGCAGCACUAUUCUGAAGUUCAGGCGGCUAUCGGCAGGCCUGGUGUCGGGUAGUGGUGGUGGUAGUGGUGGUAGUGGUGGCGGUAGUGGUGGUAGUAGUGGUAGUGGUGAGGGUAAAGAUAAGGCACAGGUAGGGGAUGGUGCGACUGCGGACGAGCAUGUAGGGGAUACGAUGGAUGUGGUUAUAGGCCAGGGCGUGGGUGUAGAUACAGACCCCAGUGACCACCCGACACUGGCCGUUGGUGGUAGGGCUAGGGCAAGCUACCGGGAUGGGAGGAGUGGUGCAGACAACCAUGGGGCUGUGAACAGCUCAGUUGAUGAAGGCGGAGUGUUGGAGGACCAGGCACAAGACACACGCCGCAUGGACAGCAGCGAUAGGACUACCAACGGCACUACCAGCCAGGGCGGUACCAUACUCAAGUUCACGCGCAGUAGUGUGGAGAGUGUGAGUAAGAGCGGAGGCGCCGCAAGCGCCGGUGGUGGUCUGGCUGCGGGUGCGAGUAGGGAGGAUGGAGGGGGUGAUGAUAUGGAGAUGGGGCAUGGGGGGGGUCUUCGGGAGGGCCUCGUCGGAAACGGAGGCGCAAAAUCUGAUACCGAGGGGAAUGAGCCGCAAAUAGACGCUGACUGUACGCCCGCUUGUGCACAGGAGGACGAUGCAGCCGGGGAGACGCAGUACACGGAAGAAGAGCGCGAGAUCUAUGCUGAGCUGGAGCAAGGCGAGACACGUGCGGGUGUGCCCGAGGCCAGCAGCCCUUAUACGCAUACGCGUGGGUAUGAGAACAGCCAGGGCCAAGACAGUGCGUCGAACAGACGCGAAUCCAGCGGGAAGAUCGUCAUCAAUCGCGCGGAUUUGGGCGUGUCGAUGCGGUAUGACGGCGCGGGUGCGGGCGAGGGUGAGGCGCAUAGUGCCAGUGAUGGGAGCGUCGGUAGUCAUGGUAACCGUCCGAGAGCGUUCGACGCGAGUGAAGGGGCUGCUGCGGGUUCUGGGUAUAGUGCUGGUGAAGACGGCGAGGUGCGCGAAAAUCUGAAAAUCAAGAUGUCGGCUCCGUCACUGUCAGGAGAGAAUUCACAGAGAUCGGAACGUAAAAAGCACAAGAAACGACAUAAGGAAAGGCACAAAUAACGUCAUAGGGACGAUCGUCACGAAGACCACAGGCACACCUCCCAGCGUGCCCGAGAGGAUGUGUACUCGGAGUGACAGCGCAAUGCGACACACGUACAAGAAUAAACGUAUUGUGUGGAUAAAAGUUUGAUAAAGAAUAAAUGUAUUAGGAUGGACAACCUCCGUG